UCCCCCCUCGCGCCUCCCGGCCCGCAGAUCAGCGACCUGGCCACCCGCCUGGGUCUGGAGCUGCCGGUGGUGGCGCGCAUCGUGUCGGACCGCCGCCGCCGCAUGAGCCGCGUGGUGGACCGGGACGGGGAGGGGGCGGCGGCGGGGGAGGCGGGGGAGGGCGGAGAGGGAGGCGAGGGAGCGGGCGGUGGCGAGGGCGGGCCGCUGCGGCUGCCGCGGCUGUGUCUGGGGGUGCAUGGCAUCACGCUGCAGGGGCAGGCGGGGCGCGGGGCGGGCGGGCCGGAGGAGAUGCUGCCGGCGGGAGACAGGUGAGGACUGAGAGGGCUGUGUAGGGAGGGAACUGGCUGUCACUACCCAUCACCACAAACCCCCCUCCCAUUCCCAAUUUGUCCUCGUCCCACCCUCCUCCUCUCUCUCCUUCAUCUUCCCUCUCCUCCUCCCACCCCGCUCCUCCCCUCCUCUCCUCUCCUCCCCUGCUGCAGGCGGCGCCUCAUGAAGACGCGCACCACCAGUCGCCGCUGGAGCCCCGCCACACGGGAGCGCCUCGCAGCGGAGCGGGCGGCGGAGGCGGAGGCCAAGGCGGCGCGCAAGGCGGCCCGGGCGGCCAAGCGGGCGGAGAAGGAGGCGGCCAAGGCGCAGCGCAGGGCGGCCAAGGCGGCGGGGACGUACGUGCGGCGGAGGCGGAAGCGCGCGGAGAUUGCAGCUGCACGGGCGGCGGAGGCAGAGGCGCGGGCAGCGGAGGAGGCAGCGGAACAAGCGGAGCGGGAGGAGGGGGAGGGAGAGCCGGAGCGGAAGAAGAGGAGGAGGGAGGAGGGCGGGGAGGUGCGGCGACGACGGCGGCAGUCUCAACGGGCGCAUGCAGCCGCCGCAGCUGCCGCCGCCCAAGCAACCGCCGGCAGCCCCUCCUCCCCCAGCGCCCGGCAGCAGCAGCUCCUCCUCAAGCCCUUCUCACCGCGCAGCAGUGCCGGCGGCAGCGAGGCUGCAGCUGCCCGCGGCACGCCCGACCAACCGCCGCCUAGCGCCGACAGCGGCGGCGACAGCGGCGAUGAGGAGGAGGAACACGUCGAUGGCGAGGAAGGCGCCGAGGGUGGUGCCGAGGGCCGUCUGGCGACGUCAGGGGGGCAGCACGUGCGCAUGCCGCACAUGGCCGCUCCCACCCGCAUGACUCGGGUGCUGUGGACCGCCUCCGAGGACCGUGCCGUACUCACGCAGUACAUCAAGCUGGCGGCGGAGGCGGGACCGCAUGUACGACUGGCGUGGAAGACGCGCGCCUCCGUCCUGCCGUACUCUGUUGUGGUUUGCUCGCGGCAUGUACGCUACCUCAAACGGCACUACCCGAGCUACACGGGCAGGUUGGACGAGCUGCUGAAGCGCGCGUACGAGAAGAAGGUUGCGAUUGGGCAGCUGCGGGAGCGCGGGAAUGUUCGGGCGGCGGCGUAUCAGGACAGGCUGCGGCGCCGACGUCUGGGGCUAGCGGAGGAUGUGGUGGCGGAGGGAGAUGGAGAGCAGGAGGGGGGUGAGGGUCGUAGGCCGCGGCGGGAUGCGUUGGAUAUCACCCGGGAAAUCGUGAUGACCGAAGCUGCGGCUGCGGCGGCAGCUGCGGUGGCGGCCCGUGGAACAGUCGAGGAGGCGUUGCCAGCGAUAAGUGGCGGCAACGCCGCCGCCACCACCGCCGUGGCGAUCUCAGACGAAACAGCUGCCACCACCACCACCGACACGGUGACACCCGACGGCAGCCCAGCGGCUACCAACGCCACUCAGGCCCCUGCUGCUGACACCACCACCACCGCCACCGACACCGUCGCCGCAGCCACCGAAGAGGAAGAGGCUGUUGCCGUACCGCGACCUCCCGCGGAGGAGGCCGUCCCCGAGGAGGAAGCAUCCGCAGCAGCAACCCCGGCGGCGGCGGCGGUGGCCUUCGUAGAGGACCCGGCGGAGGCGGCGGAGCAGCAGCGGUUAGCGGCAGAGGACGAGGCGACGGUUGCGGCAUGGGAGGCCGAGCGACAGGCUCUCAUCAACGAGGCCAAUGCGCUGAUUGAGGACUUUGUACUGGUCAUCCCCCGUCGCGCCUCCCAGCUGCUGCGAGACCAGCUGCAGCAGCAGGGCGGGCUGGAGCUGGGGGAGCGACUGGCGCCGGGGGCCAGUGAGGCGGCGGCGCGACGGCGCGCGGCGGCAGCAGCAGCCGCGCGACGAAGCCUGGGCGGCGUGUUGCAAGCAUCAGGGACAGGGGCUGUUGACGCGGCGGGCGGCAGUGACGCGGUGCGCAGCCUGGGCCGCAGUGCUACCGGUGGGGGCGGCGGGGGCUUCGCCGCCGCCGCCGCCUCCCUGGUUGCGGCCGCUCGGUCCGCCCAGGCCGCUCCGCCGCUGCCGCGUCCCUCGGUGCCCGUGACCGCCGCCAUGUGCAUGCUGGUGUCGCUGCUGUACCAGCUGCGGGCGGCGGGGGGCGUGCAGGGCGCCAUGUCGGAGGUGGUGGUGGAGGCGCUGGGGGAGUUUGGCCGGCGCUUCUCGGCGGAGGUCAAGGCGGCGGCGCUCAAGCAGCUGCAGCUGCGCGGCUGGAUGGCUCCGGCGGGGCCGCGCCGGCAGCUGGACCUGGCGCCCUCCUUCCUGUCCCGCCUGCAUGGCACGGAGCUGCCGCCGGGGCUGCUGGCAAGGUGCGGUACGGCAGCGACGAGGCUGGACGCGCUGUUGGGGAAGGCGGCGCGGGCCGCCGCCGCCGCCGCCAGGCGGCAGCGACGUGAGCAGCGGCAGCUGGUGCAAGGUAGCGACGUCAGCGAUGAUGAGGAGGAGAUGGGGGAGGCGGAGGCGGGGGCUGAGGAUGGCAAUGCCGCAGCAGGUGCUGCAGCUGCGGCAGGCAGUGGCGGGGCGGCCGGGUCCGCGCCCACAACCGCGCCGAAUGCGUCCUCCGCAUCAGCAGCUGCGGCUGCUGCCUCCGUCGCGCCCUUUGCGACUGCGGACCCCGAGGGUGCUGGCGCCCAGGCCGUGUCCCGCACAUGCAGUGUGGACCCUUCGGGCCGGUGUGCGGUGCUGGUGGACCCCGCCGGGGUGCUGCCCAGCGAGCUGGUGGCGGUGCUGCUGGCGCGGCAGGCGCGGGGGCGGCUGGCGCUGCUGCCGGGCGGUGUGGACAUGCAGCCCGAGUGGGCGGGGCAGGCAGCCACGGCGGGCUUGUUGAUCACCUCGGUUCAGCUGGUGAUUGAGCCGGUGGGCGAGGGGGAAG